AUGUUUAGUUGCACUUGUGGCUCGGCGUUCCCCACGGUGCAGCAGCUCAGCAAUCACCGCCGUAGUAGCACACGCUGUGGGACGCAGAUUGCGGCCAAGCGGCGAAGACUGGAUGCUGGGGCUGCUCAAAAUGUUGCUGGGCAGCAUUUGAGAACAGGUUUUGCUGCCGGCCAGUGGGGGCCCCCCCCGUUUGCUGUAGGCAGCACAGGCAGGCAGGACAGGGAAGCAUCCGAGCGCUUUGCUGAUGCGCCGAGCAUAAUUUCAAUUGAGCAUGCUUCUCGCUUCGACGACGCGCUUGAUGGCUACGAAGACCCGCUGCCAAUGUCAGCAGGAGAUGGUGCCGUGCCUCUCCAGGACCAGAGUUGUUCAUCAGCUCCUGCGCCGACAGCCUUUGAUUCAAGCAAAGCUCUCCUUGAUUUCCUAACCAAUGCCUGCCAAGGCAGAGGUCUUUCCAACUCUGACAUCAACUGGUUGUUGGGGAUCAUUUUCCAUCCAGAGUUUGACAGGGCGGAACUGAAAUUUGAAAAUGCAAAACAGUUCCGUAAAUUUCAAGACGGCCUCCAGGCAAUCCAGAAUGCAAUGGCAGCGUUGGAGCUGGAUGGCUUGGUACCAGAUGAGAAGGGGUGGUAUUCGCGGAACAUGCGACGGGAGGGGGAUCAUCAGGACCUGAUAUUUCGAUGGAGAAAUCCUGUCGAGGUGGUCCGUAAGCUUUAUGGCGACCAUCGCUUCCGGGGGGCUUUCAAAGUAUAUGCGAGGCCUGUUUACAACAAGGAAGGAGAGAGAUGUAUCACGGAUGCUGCUUCCGCAGAUUGGUGGCUCCGCUUGCAGGAACGGAUUGAUGGCGUCGUCGCUGCGGUUGCCAUGUACAGUGACCCAACUGCAGUUUCGGGUGACAUGAGCGUCACAGGACAUCCAAUCACUCUCACAGUCAGGAACAUUGGUCCGUCAGUGCAGCACCGUGGGGAGCAUGCCGUCCUGGUGGGAGUGGUGUCCCAGCUGCAAGAGCAUCCAGAACAUGGCUUCAUUUCCUCCUCGCGUGCUUUCAAGGAGCGGCGCUUAACCCUCCUGUGGCAGUGCGAAACGCAACUCCAGGCCCUCUUGAAAGCAGCCAGCUCAAGAGGCGUCUUCAUGCGAGAUCCCUGGGGCGUUCUGCGCAAGGUGUAUCCAGGGCUUCAUUCUUACAGCUGCGAUCUCCAGGAAGCUUACAAGUUGGGAGUCGUCAAAUCUGGUCGGUGCCUUGACUGUUUGGUCCCGCCAAGCGAGAUGAAUGACCUGGAGGGCCGUUGGCCUGAGAGAACGGAGGCCUUCAUGGGCAAUGUGGUGGCAGCAUGUACCGCUGCUCUGGAUGAACAAGAGCCCAGGGUUGUUGGCAGGGUCGCUGAAGUGUGCGACGAGGCAGGGAUGUCACUGCCCAUCGAGGGCUGCCUCUGGAACUGGUACGAAGGUUUGGAUCUGCCUGAAGAUGUGCGAGACUCCUAUCGCGCCCUCGUGCCUGACACCCUGCACGGUAUCUAUCUCGGCAUCUGGCUGUACCUGGUCGACGGCAUCCGGGACUGGGCCAAGCGGCGCUACUCGGUGCGUUUGGCGGCCAAAAAGGUGCGGACAAUCGAUGCACGUUUGCGCGAGAUGCCUCGCGAAUCCGGGUUUCGGCUGCCAAGGCGCAAGGGUGUUUACAUGGAGAAGAAGAAGACUUUCAAGGCCUACGAGCAACGGAAUAUGAUGCAGGUCUUUGUCUUCGCAAUCGUCGGCCUGUUCAAGGAGUCGACUGGCCGCGAGCCCUUCGUCGAGCUCAUCGUCCUGUUCUUGGACUGGUACAUGUCGCUGACGCGACGCAACCGUCCCAAGUACCACACCAAAGCCACCCUUCAAGAGACGGACGAAUUGGGUGUGAAGUUCGGACGCUCCGCCGUUCGGCUUCUGUCGGGCGUCCAGAAGUCGGACUUCAAGACUGCAAAAUUCCACCAUAUCCCCCUCUACACCAAGGUCAUCCAGGCCCGGGGCCUCACCUCGGAAACGAGCUGCGAAGAAGGCGAAGGGAGCCACGGCCGCACCUCCAAGAAGGCAUAUCUUGCCUCCAACAAGAAGGAUACGGGAGAUCAGGUGAUGCGCUUCAAUCAGCGCCGACAGAACGUGGCCGACUACGUGGGAGGCUGCAACACUGGACGCCGCGGCUUCCGCAUUCAGCAACGGGUCAGGGUCGCUGCAGUGGCGACGUCCGAAAAGGCGGCGCGACAGAAGAAGCACGUCCUGGCAGCCAGCCGAGUGACGCUCCGUUGGGAGUGGCUCCGACCAGCGGGUCAAGCCACGUACCCUCACUUCCCAGCCCCGGGGUCGCGUACGGGUAAGGCAAUCAUUGAACGGAUCGCUCACCAGUACAACGACCUGCAACAUCUCGAGCGAUGCACGCGCGUCUUCCUUGGCGGCGGCCUUCAGGGGGUGCGGGGUGACGCGGCGUUGUUGGAGAAUCUCCCAGACUGCCUCAACUCGGAGAUCCGCGUGGCAAAGCACGCUGCCAUUGCGCCUGGAAGAGGGCGCCGUUAUCAGGAGCACGUCUCUGUCGCGCGCGCCGACCCCAGGUUCCACGGGAAACCGUACUACAGCAACGUUGCCAUCCUUGCGGCUGACCAACGGGAGUGGUACGCCAGUGUGAGAUUGUUUUUCUCACUGGUAGAUCAGGGAGGCCGCACGCGCAAUCUUGCGUUGGUCAGGUACCUUGAGGAGUACCGAGUGCCGGACGCCACCACAUGCAAGCGACUGAGUUGGGCGAAAUACGUUCACAGAGGCCGGCAGGUUGACGAGUGGUAUGACGUUGUCGAGUUGAAGAGCAUCUUGAGAACGGUCUACCUGGUGAAAGAUUGGAACCGGAAGGGAGGCUUCUAUUUAAAUAGGUUCAAGUGGACGGCAGAAAAGCGUUACAAAGGGAAUAAAGUAUAA